AUGUCCAACCCUAAUAAUCAAAGGACAAAUGCCAAAGGAAAAUCUAAGCAACGUAAUCUAAACAGUUUUUUCGUUCCAAAGUAUAACAGCAAUGAUUCCGCCUCUUCAUCUUUAUCAAACCCUACUCCCAUCAUCGAAUCUACCUCUGGAUCAAAUCCAUCGACUUCAGUUGUUGAAACUUUAUCCAGUACAUCUUCAAAUCAUACUACAAAUAUUGACAUUAUCCAUGAUACACGCUCGACAUCAUCCACUGUAUCCGCUAUGGUAAAAGAAGCUGAAUUUACCCCCAUUGACGGUGACGAAGACGUAUUUAUUGAUUUGGAUCCUACUGAAGAUCAGGUCUUUCAUGACAUUAAUGAGGUCGAGAUUUUAUCGGAAGAGAUCGAGCUUCGUGUAGAUCCCGAAGGGAGUUUUGGUUGUUAUCGUAAAGGAGCAUUGUGGAUGCCAAAAGAAUCUGAUGAAUUCCAUUUUGUUCUGUCAGGGGAGACUAGUCCUAGAAAGUUGUAUGAGCAUGACGUGUUUGUCUGGUUGCCUCACCUUCUGUUUGGACAAGGAUUCAAAAAACUUGUCUGUCCAGAAUGUGGUACUGAAGAUGUUGCAAUCAAAGGUUAUAAUGAUAAUCCCGUAGCGCGUAGAAUUAUUUGUGAAGAAAAGUAG